AAGCUCAGGAUGCAAAAUUCAGACUUGAAAUCACAGCUUGCCCUCGCAAAACGACACAAGCAUUUAGGGAAGACAGUAGGAAACGCAGAUCCAAAUAUAAACCAUGAACUUGUGGUGAAGCUGGCGAAGAAGUACACUGUGAUGGUAUAUCCUUGGCCUACUUCAAAUCUUUUUAUGAGCUUUCCGCCAAACAAUUUACCUGAUCCCGAAUCCCCGGAAAGAUUCAAGGAUGAAAGUGCUUUUGAGGCUGGUCUUAUAAACGAGCUCCAUCUGUAUUUGAAUGACCGAGAUCUUCGCAAAAAAGCAGCAGAGUAUAGUCCAUUCCAAAAAUCUUUUCUACAACAAGCAAAGCAAGGCCGGAGUUCAGCCCUGCAUACAAUACGCGAGUGUGCUUCCAUUAUCAUGCAAGGCAUCAAUGUCGAGGCCGCUGUAUGGGUAACCAAAGCAAAUUUGUUGCGCCGGAAUUCCACAACAUUAAGACUUCAGCUUGAAUUUCCCGGAUCUUCAGCUGUAAAUGAUAUAUUUUCCCCUAUAUUCUAUCCCAACGGAAUUCGCGAUGAUACAAAAUUGUUCAUGAAUGAUUUUCAACCGAAGGUGCGUAUUUCCUUGAUUAAUAUAUCUAUAUAG